AUGGCCGGGCCGGAGCGGUGCCGGGCGCGGUGCGGGCGCUGUGGCGGGGCGCGGAGCCGCUGCCGCUGCCGGUGCCCGUCGCACGCUGAGUGCCCGGCCGGGGAAGUGACGCGGCGGGCGGGGCGGGGGGACCGGCCCGAGCCCGGGGACACCGGCCCGAGCCCGGGGAGACCGGCCCGAGCCCGGGAGUACCGGCCCGAGCCCGGGGACACCGGCCCGAGCCCGGGAGUACCGGCCCGAGCCCGGGGACACCGGCCCGAGCCCGGGGACACCGGCCCGAGCCCGGGAGUACCGGCCCGAGCCCGGGAGCACCGGCCCGAGCCCGGGGACACCGGCCCGAGCCCGGGGACACCGGCCCGAGCCCGGGAGUACCGGCCCGAGCCCGGGAGUACCGGCCCGAGCCCGGGAGCACCGGCCCGAGCCCGGGAGUACCGGCCCGAGCCCGGGAGCACCGGCCCGAGCCCGGGAGUACCGGCCCGAGCCCGGAGACACCGGCCCGAGCCCGGGAGCAAAUACACAGAGCACGACGGCUGCAGCCAGGAACGGUGA